UUCUUCGAGCGCACAGGGAAUGUUCAAGGCGUCCGUGCUCUGCUGUGGCAUUCAUAGUCAGAUUUUCCUUUCCUAGUGAUAAAACGCUUAUCUUGUCAAAGGCCGGGGUCUGUAAACUGAAAUGUAACGUACGUCUUAUUCGAGUCGGUUAAACAGACUAGUAUACACUUAAAUAUGCAAUGAGAGGUGUAUAAGAGGCGGUAGUACAGGCAGCAGAGACGCCUCUCACGACACACACAACUAUUUAUUAUCAAAAUGCGGAGAACCGAGAGCACAGCUUGACCACGUACUUAUACUUGUGCUUUUCAACACAACGCUAACAUGUCGGAGCGAGGAGGACUUCAGCGAACGGGAGUUCCGUCUCCUCUCCUGCAACCUUUCAAGUCGGUCACGAUUUCUUCGAGUCGCCCGGUUCAAAUGAACCUGUUUGCGACGUGGGAAAUCGAUCGCUCCUCUCCAAGUUGUGUGCCGAGACUUCUCAGUCUAACUCUUAAGAAACUAGUGGUGUUGAAGGAGCUUGACCGAGACCUGACUUCAGUGGUUAUUGCUGUCAAGCUUCAGGGUUCAAAGCGUAUUCUACGUUCAAAUGAAAUCCUGCUGCCGUGUCCUGGACUUUCAGAGACAGAUCUACAGCUCACUUUCUCUCUACAGUAUCCCCAUUUUUUGAAAAGGGAUGCCAACAGGCUGCAGGUUAUGCUCCAGCGCAGGAAGAGGUACAAGAACCGCAUGAUCCUGGGCUACAAGACAUUAGCACUGGGCCUGAUUAACAUGGCAGAGGUGAUGCAGCACCCUACUGAAGGUGCUCAGGUGCUGGGCCUGCACACGACAGUGAAGGAUAUGGCAGUGCCUGUAGCUGAGAUCAGGGUCUUCUCUCUGUCCAGUCAGCCUAUAGAUCCAGAAGGACCGAAGGCCAAGGUGUUCGAUCGCUCACCUGAUAUCGAUAACUAUUCUGAGGAAGAGGAGGAGAGCUACUCCUCUGAGCAAGAUGGCAGUGAUGACCCACUCCAUGGACAGUACCUUUAUGAUGAUGAGGAUGAAUUAAGGAAGAAGAAGCCUCGUCGUAAACUCACCUCCGCAGCCUCUAUUACCAGAGCUAACCAGCCCAACAUCAAGCAGAAAUUUGUGGCACUACUGAAAAGGUUCAAGGUUUCAGAUGAGGUGGGCUUUGGCUUGGAGCAUGUGUCUCAGGAGCAGAUAAGGGAUGUGGAGGAAGACCUGGAUGAGCUGUAUGACAGUCUGGAAAUGUACAAUCCUAGUGACAGUGGACCAGACAUGGAGGAGACUGACAGCAUUCUCAGCACGCCCAAACCCAAACUCCCGCCAUUCUUCGAAGGCAUAUCUCAAUCUAACUCCCAGACAGAGUUUGGCACUCUAUACAGCAGAUGGAACCUGGGCAGACACACACUGAGUCCACAGGGAGAACAGUCUGCAUCCAGUAAAAUCCAGCGCUCCAGCAGUGCAUACCUGGACGACGCCUUCUCAGAGACGGACACGCCUGAGUUGAAUGAAGUGGAAGUCGUGAGUGAAGGAACCCCCAGUAUCACCGUGUCGGUCGUAGAGAGACCGCGGACCCCACAGCGUAGUAGCAGCCAGAACAUGUCCUCUCCAAGGCUGGAUGGUGGGCACACUCCUAAACACAAGCGAGGAACUCCCGUGAAAGAGAGGCAGCUGUCCAAGCCCCUGAGCGAGCGCACCAACAGCUCGGACAGCGAACGCUCUCCAGAGUUCAGCUUCACUCCACAGAUGCCAAGGAAGAUAGUGUAUGACCAGCUGAACCAGAUCCUGGUGUCAGACACCACGCUACCUGACAGUCUCGUCCUUGUUAAUGGCCGUGACUGGCAAGGACAGUAUGUGGCUGAGCUCCUGAAGGCACAGAAGCUGUCAGUGGUGUGUACCUGCUCAGGAUCAGAGAUCCAGGCUGUGCUCUCUGGCCUGCUCACUCGCAUUCAGAAAUUCUGCAACUGUAACUCCAUCAUGCCCAAACCAGUGAAGGUUGUGGUUGUCGGGGGGCAGAGUUAUCUGGGAGCCAUUUUGCGCUUCUUUGUCUCUCAGCUGGCCAACAAGAUGUCUGACUGGCUGAGCCAUAUCCGAUUUCUAGUGGUACCACUAGGUUCUCAUCCCGUGGCUAAGUAUCUGGGUUCCCUUGACAACCGAUACAACUCAGCUUUCCUGGACAGUGCAUGGCAGGAAUUCUUCAGUGGGCCAGAGUCCUCUCAGCCAUGCUCAUUGAGUACAGAGGGGGUGGAUGUGGCAGGCCGCAUCUGUCAGUACAUCAGCGGUGCAUCGGUCACUCACCAGCUGCCUAUAGCUGAGGCCAUGCUCACCUGCAAGAACAAGACGCAAGAUGACGAUUCCUGCCAAAUGUUUGUCCCGUUUGUGGGUGUGGUUAAAGUUGGUUUGAUUGAGCCUGGACCUGGAACUACAGCUGGAGAAUGUGAAGAAGGAGUUUCCUUAAGUCUGGUAGUUCCAUCCACAUCUCCCCCUGCUCACUCAUUGUCUGCUGCGAUGAUGAAAGAUUCAAUCACCCCACCCCCUUCACCAUCGCUCAGUAGCGGUUUGACUGUUCUUGGGAGUCCCAUCCUGUCUCAUGGCGUGGAUGCCAUAGGCCUGCAGGUGGAUUACUGGGUGGCUGAAAAGCGUAAAGACGGCGAGAGGCGGGACACUAAGAGCACCCUGAAGAGUGCUUUCAGGUCGCUGCAGGUCAGCCGGCUGCCCAGCACAGCCUCCGCGGAGCUCCAUUCCAACUCCUGCACCAUGUCUAUGACUGUGGUCACCAAGGAGAAGAACAAAAAAGUCCCUACUAUCUUUCUGGGGAAGAAACCAAAGGAGAGAGACACUGAGUCAAGGAGCCAGGUGAUCGAGGGCAUAACCCGACUCAUCUGUUCUGCUAAGCAACAUCAGACAAGCCUGCGAGUAUCUGUGGAUGGAAUGGAGUGGAACGAUGUGAAGUUUUUCCAGUUGGCAUCUCAGUGGCCUACACAUGUGAAGUACCUUCCAGUGGGUUUGUUUGGCUACAGUAAAAUGACGCCCUAGUGGCCGCUCACCUGAAGCAACCAACCAGCUGGGGCUGAUUUUUUUUUUUUUUUUUAACUCUGCUACUUCAAAAAUAUGGAGGAACAGUUGUUUAGUUCCUCUGGAGUAUUAAAAGAAAAAGCUGUGCUGUUGCCCGAUUGUGUUAUUGGUCUUCUGAGGCAAGAGGCAUCUCUGUGCGUGGUUAUUUUCUGCUGUGCAGUUAAUAAUGCAAUAAGAUCUAAACACUGUAUUGUGAUUGUAGGAGUAUUCAGCUGCCUACUGUUUAAGAUUGAUAAGAAUGUAAUGUUCCUUCACAUGUUCUUAAGGUCAGUGACUGUGAACUGUAAUUGUGGUUAUUUUAUAGUAUAAUCUAUAUAACAUAUGAGUCUAAUUUUGCAGGAUUAGGAAAGUUUUGUUAUUCCAAAAUAGUGUAAUAUUGAAAAUAUUCCAGAUAUACUCUCUCUCAUGUAUCUAUUGAAUAUUUUUUGGGUUCACUAUAUGGUGUGCUGGUGGUGCGCGUGUUUGUGUGUGUGUGUGUGUGUGUGUGUGUGUGUGUGUGUGUGUGUGAGCACAAGUGAAAUCGAGAUGCUGUACCUGUGCAAAGUUCAUUUAUCUUCUCAUCCGGAAGGCCCUGGCGACUCUUGACACCUUGACAGUUCUUCCAUGCUGAUGUGAUCUUAAUACUGAUGUUCUUUGUGGAAGAAAACUCAUUAUUAGCAUUUCUUAAGUAUGUAGGUGAAAAAUGUCAUUGGUCUCUACCUCCUCUUCACAAAGUGAGAUGUUCCAAGAUGGCCUGGAAAAACCAUCAUUAUAAUAUACCUUUUUUGAUUGCCUUUGACAUUUAAUUGUUGUAUGCAAAUAAGUAUUUUGCAUGCUGUAAAGUCUUCUGCUAUCACAUUUAAAGAUAUGUAUUCAUAAGUCAAACAUUUUUAUUAAUUUGUCACAUUUAGACAAGUUAUGUGCACUACAGAUAACAAAUGCAUCCUAACUGGACUGUCAAUGUUCCACAUCUGAGACAUAAAUGAAUAACCAUAACCGAUUUCAUGCAUGCUUCCAUAAUUUCAAAAAUAAACCUUUUGAGAAAAUGA